GUUCUAUCAGCCAAACAGGGGAUGGCCUUCCACACAGCAUCACUACCAACAGUAUCUCUGCACAUGUGGGUUGUGAGACGGCAGAGCUCCAGUGGAGAGAGUGUGUUAGCCUGAGUGAGCCCUGAGCCUACUGCAGGAGUUCUACACGCAUCCAAGUCUUGCCUUAUCCAGCCCAAUCCAGCCAUUUUCUGACACGCCAAGCCCAGCCGAAACCAGCACAGCCCGAUCAAGUUCUUCACAACCCAGCCAUGGAUUCCAUGUCCUCCCUGAGCUCCUCAACCUCCUGCCCCUACCUGUACCUCUGGAGUAGCAACAUCACCAACAACAGCAGUAGAAGCAGUAUUAGCAACAAUGUGAUCCUGGAGCACUACAACCACACAGGGCGCCUGCAGCACCGCGGGCCCCGCCAAGGUGGCCUGAGCUUGGGCGCGUCCCUCUCCCUCUUCAUCAGCAUCCUCAUCAUCCUGGAGAACCUGCUGGUCCUGGUGGCCGUGCUCUCCAGGAUCCGCAACAGCCACCGCUGGGUCUAUGUGUGCAUCGCCAACAUCACCCUCAGUGACUUGCUGGCUGGGGCGGCCUACGUGGUCAACAUCUGCAUGUCUGGCAGCCAUACGUUCAGACUGAGCCCAGCUCUGUGGCUGUUCAGGGAAGGGGUGAUGUUUGUGACCUUGGCUGCCUCGAUCUUCAGCCUGCUGCUGAUAGCAGUGGAGCGCUACACCGCUAUGAUGAAGCCGCUGCACCAGAAGUCAGCCAGGAAGACAUGUCGUAUCUACGGCCUGGUGGCGCUGUGCUGGAUCCUGGCCUUCGCCAUCGGCUUCCUCCCCCUGCUGGGAUGGAACUGCGUGUGCAGCCUGGAGAGCUGCUCCACCCUGCUGCCUCUCUACUCCAAGAGCUACAUCUUCUUCUCUCUGCUCAUCUUCUCCCUCAUCCUGCUGGCCAUCGGUGUGCUCUACGGCGCCAUCUACUGCCACGUGCGCAGCAGCGCCAAGGUGGGAUCCCAGCGCAGCCGCAAGCGAUCCCUGGGGCUCCUGAAGACGGUAAUCUCCAUCGUGGGUGUGUUCAUCAUGUGCUGGGGCCCUCUGUUCGCCCUGCUGCUGCUGGACUUUUUCUGUGUGUCGCGGCAGUGUGCGCCCCUCUUCAGUGCCGACUGGGUCAUUGCUCUGGCUGUGCUUAACUCUGCUCUGAACCCUGUCAUCUACGCCCUGGGUAGCACAGAGCUGAGGAAGGCCAUCGCAGGGCUGCUGUGCUGCUGCUGCCUCAGGGCAGGCCUCUGUCACCCUGAUGCCUUCGUGUCCAAGGAGACCAGCAGCACGGGGAGCACCAGGCAUAGUAGCUUGAGGAACAGUUUCAAUAAGGUCAGGAGUUUCAGUAUCAGUCCCCCGCCUGCACCCAAGGCCCCCAAGAAGAGCCGCCUCAGCUCCACCACCAGCUGCCUGUCUGUGUCGAGCGGUUAGACCACAAAGGGCUGCCUGGGGCAGACGUAGAUGCGAAAGAGAGCGCUCUUUGUGUGUGUGUGUGUGUGUGUGUGUGUGUGUGUGUGUGGCACAUCAAUCACCUGCAUGGUAGAGAAAGGGCAAGGGUUUGUGGGUGUGUGAGUUUGUGAGCAUUUUUCAAAACAGGGUAGUAGAAAAUGUAUCUCAUUGGCACAACCAUGAUACAGCCUUGUUACAGCCUAGAUACAGCCAUGAAGAAACAGCCUUGAUACAACUAUGAAGAUACAGUCUUGAUGCAGCCUUGAUACCACCAUGAUACAACUAUGAAGAUAUACCUUGAUGCAGCCUUGAUGCAGCCUUGAUACCACCAUGAUACAACUAUGAAGAUACAGCCUUGUUACAGCCUAGAUACAAGCCAUGAAGAAACAGCCUUGAUACAACUAUGAAGAUACAGUCUUGAUGCAGCCUUGAUACCACCAUGAUACAACUAUGAAGAUAUACCUUGAUGCAGCCUUGAUACCACCAUGAUACAACUAUGAAGAUAUACCUUGAUGCAGCCUUGAUACCACCAUGAUACAACUAUGAAGAUACAGCCUUGUUACAGCCUAGAUACAAGCCAUGAAGAAACAGCCUUGAUACAACUAUGAAGAUACAGUCUUGAUGCAGCCUUGAUACCACCAUGAUACAACUAUGAAGAUAUACCUUGAUGCAGCCUUGAUGCAGCCUUGAUACCACCAUGAUACAACUAUGAAGAUAUACCUUGAUGCAGCCUUGAUGCAGCCUUGAUACCACCAUGAUACAACUAUGAAGAUACAGCCUUGGUACAACCAUGAUACAGCCAAGAUACAGCAUUGAUACAACUAUGAAGAUACAGCCUUGAUACAACCAAGAUACAGCCUUGAUACAACCAUGAUACAGCAUUGAUACAGCCUAGAUACAGCCUUGAUACAACUAUGAAGAUACAGCCUUGAUACAGCCAUAAUACAACCAUGAUACAGCUUUGAUACAAGGCUCACAGUUUUCUGUUAUUAGUUUUGUUCAUUUUUUUUGCUUUGUCAUCAGAUCAGGACGUGGCACAUACUGAUAAAGUUUAUUUUAUGUUAUGCAUUACAAAAAAAACUUUAAAGAGUUUUUCAAGAUUUCUUAUAAAAGAAGCAUUAUAGAAGCUUUAUUUUGUUUCACUGUUUGAGCCUCAAAACAGAUGACCUGUUUCUGUCAUUAAGGUCUAUAUGCUGUGUGCACUUUUUCAGUGCUUUACUAGAACUGAGAUUUAAAAAUAUUUUUUUGUUUUUAGAUCUUUUUGAGAAUACAAUAAGAUUUAUACAUACACUACAUGACCAAAAGUAUGUGGACACCUACUAGCAAUGCCGACGCUUGGCAUUGCGCGUGGUGAUCUUAGGCUUUUGUGCAGCUGCUCGGCCAUGGAAACCCAUUUCAUGAAGCUCCCGAUAAACAGUUCUUGUGCUGACAUUGCUUUCAGAGGCAGUUUGGAACUCGUAGUGAGGUAUUGCAACCAAGGACAGGCGAUUUUUACGCCUUCAACACUCGGCGGUCCUAUUCUGUGGACUUGUGUGACCUACCACUAAGCUGCUGAGCCGUUGUUGCUCUUAGAUAUUUCCACUUCACAAUAACAGCACUUAUAGUUGACCGGGGCAGCUCUUGCAGGGUAGAAAUUUGGUGAACUGACUUGUUGGAAAGGUGGCAUCCUAUGACGGUGCCACGUUGAAAGUCACUGAGCUCUUUUUAAGGCCAUGCUACUGUCAAUGUUUGUCUAGGGAGAUUGCAUGGCUGUGUGCUUGAUUUUAUACACCUGUCAGGAACGGGUGUGGCUGAAAUAGCCGAAUCCACUAAUUUGAAGGCGUGUCCACAUACUUUUGUAUAUAUAGUGUAUGUAUUGUACAAAACUGUAGAGUUUUAUUCAUUUUUUUGAUGGUCACAGUACAUUUUAUGUAUAAAUAAAUGUUUUAAAUC